AGCGCAGAAUAGAGCAUCCACAGUUACAGCCGCUCGACCAGUCAGAAACCCAUCGCUUUCCCAAAAGCUUCCAGACCUGAGAGAGAGAUCGGAAAGGGUUGCAACCCAGUUUAAACCCCAGUGCGCUCGAACUGCAUUGGAAAAAGUAGUCAGCCUCUUCGUUCUCUCUCCGUUCCGCAGUGUUACCUCUUCGUAACCGCACUUGGCCGGAAGUGGCACAUCUUGGCAUCUGCCGUCGGGACCCCGAGCAGGUCAAGCUGUACGAGGUGGACAGCAGCUCCUCCAGCACCCCAUCACCCAUGGAGGGAGACGUGACGGACAAGCAGGAGGACAGUGCCUCCGUGUGCGAGUUUGACCCAAUCACGGGGAAUAUCCCCGCCACCAAAGUGGAGAUCUCAGUCUCUUGCAGGGACCUGUUAGAUCGAGACACAUUCUCCAAGUCAGACCCAAUGUGUGUCCUUUAUACACAAGGCGUGGAGUCCAAACAGUGGAGGGAGUUUGGGAGAACAGAAGUGAUCGACAACACACUGAACCCAGACUUUGUCAGGAAGUACAUCCUGGACUACUUCUUUGAGGAGAAGCAGAAUCUACGUUUUGACAUAUAUGACAUCGACUCUAAAAGCCCAGACCUGUCCAAACAUCCCACCGACUUCAACCAGGACUUCCUGGGUCAGGCCUUCUGCACUCUGGGUGAGAUAGUUGGUUCGCCGGCCAGUCGCCUGGAAAAGCCUCUGGGGGGCAUUCCUGGGAAGACAUGCGGGACCAUCAUUCUCACAGCCGAGGAGCUGGGGAACUGCAGAGAAUUUGCUACUAUGCAGUUCUGUGCCAACAAACUUGAUAAGAAGGAUUUCUUCGGCAGGUCAGACCCUUUCAUGGUCUUCUACAGGAGUAAUGAGGACGGGACGUUUACCAUCUGUCACAAGACUGAGGUGGUCAAGAACACACUCAAUCCAGUUUGGCAGCCCUUCUCAAUUCCUGUCCGAGCCCUUUGCAAUGGAGAUUAUGACAGGUCUAUCAAGAUUGAAGUGUAUGACUGGGAUAGAGAUGGCAGCCACGACUUUAUUGGGGAGUUCACCACCAGCUUCAGAGAGCUCUCGCGCGGACAGAGCCAAUUCAAUGUCUAUGAGGUGGUCAAUGCCAAAAAGAAGAUCAAAAAGCGACGCUACAUCAACUCAGGGACGGUGACCCUGUUGGCUUUCUCUGUGGAGUCUGAACACACGUUCCUGGACUACAUCAAGGCAGGCACCCAGAUCCAUUUUACAGUGGCUAUUGAUUUCACUGCUUCUAACGGUAACCCAUCCCAGUCCACCUCCCUACACUACAUGAACCCCUACCAGAUGAACGCCUACGCCAUGGCCCUGAAGGCAGUAGGGGAGAUCAUCCAGGACUACGACAGCGAUAAGAUGUUCCCCGCACUGGGCUUCGGAGCCAAGCUGCCUCCUGAUGGCAGAGUCUCACAUGAGUUCCCACUGAAUGGCAUUGUCGAUAACCCUUACUGUAAUGGAAUUGAGGGUAUUUUAGAGGCGUACCACCAGAGCCUUAAGACGGUUCAACUCUACGGGCCGACAAACUUUGCUCCAAUCAUCAACCACGUGGCUCGGUACGCCACAGCUGUGCAGGAUGGUUCUCAGUACUUCGUCUUGCUCAUCAUCACAGACGGAGUCAUAUCCGACAUGGCCCAGACCAAAGAGGCUAUUGUCAAUGGUGCUAAACUGCCCUUGUCCAUAAUCAUUGUUGGAGUUGGACAAGCCGAGUUUGAUGCUAUGGUGGAACUGGACGGUGAUGACAUCAGGAUCUCCUCACGAGGGAAGCUGGCUGAGAGAGACAUUGUUCAGUUUGUGCCGUUCCGGGACUACAUGGACCGUACAGGGAACCACGUGCUGAGCAUGGCCCGGCUGGCCAAGGACGUGCUGGCCGAGAUCCCCGACCAGCUCAUCUCCUACAUGAAGUCCAAGGGCAUCAAGCCUCACCACACCCCCACAGACUGCUCGCCGUCUACCCCUGCCUCACCUGUGGCCGUAUGAGUGAGCCCCCAUCUGUGUGCGAACGAGAUUACCUGCCCCAGGUGUGCCAACCGACAACAGCGUUUUCAUCUUUUCAUCCAGUUUCCAGCCCCUCUGCACCAAACACACACACACACACACACACACACACACAUACAGUCACACACUCACUCACUCACAUACACACACUCUCACACAAACACACGUGACUCCUACCUGUGUUUUGAGAGUCAUACAUAGCGGAUGGACGACGCUUCAGUACUGACCACAGAUCAGGGAAUUGGGGCUUUUAAGCUUUAACAUUACUGGACACUCAAGCAUUCGCACAGGAGAAGAAAGUCCAGGAGCAGAGCAUAGCAACUGGUGUCUGUCUGGGAUGGGAGCUAAGUGUUUACAUAGACCUGCAGAUGAUUAUUUAAAUGAGGAUUGCUUCAUGUGGGGUUGCAUAUGCAUUCAAUGUGACGGCUUGUUUAACGUGUGUGCAACAGGGACUUGAGGAUGUUUCUAAAACACAAGUCUAGAUGGUGACGGCGACUAGUUUUAAAAGUAUUACUUUGAUGGACAGAUUCAUGUUUAGGAUUUUCUCAUUGUAGAUGUAUAUCCCAUGAUAAGUUUUUUGUAGCUCAGAAAUGAUUAGAAGCCUCUGUACUGUAAAUACUAGUGUAAAGCAUGCCACUGUCAACACUCAACACUAUCAACUGUGCAAUAUGUCCUUUGGACUAUACUGGCUAACUAUAUCCAAUUCCAACUGAAGAAGAAUAUACCUUAUCAUGACUAAUAGUGGCAAACAUCUCAUUUAAAACAAAACAAAAAAAUCCCUGUUUUUGUAGUGAAUGCACUGACUGCAAUUCUUACAAAAAAGCACAAUAUUAUUCUUCUAGCUGGGAUCAAUGAGUAUCACAAACCAACAUCAACCACAAUUGAGAUACAUUUCAUUAAUUUGCUUCUCAACCUUGGGCAUUAGAAAAGCAUUGUGGAAGAUGAUUGUAUUGCUACAAAACUUUCCUAUCACUAAACUCACUAAAAUGAAUAUUAUUGGAUAAUAGGCAUAAAUUAUCAGUCAGAAUGACUCUUCUGUUGGUAAACUACAUUCAUAGGAUUGGUAUUACUGAUUAAUAGGUAUUCAGAUAAUAAUUAUAAUAAUUUCUGAAGAAUUUGUCACUUCAGAAUCCUUCUCUCACCAGGUUGCAGUAUUCACUAAUAUGUAUUUGAUCAAUCAGACCUGUGCAAAUGUGUCUGACAUUUAGAUUUUUGAUCUAAUAGAUCAGUAUUCAUUCUGUCUGUUUGUUUGUUUUGAAUUCACUGUUUUUAUUAUCAAACAAAGCAAUGCUCAAAAUCACAAAAACAUACAUUUCAAUACCCCCCACACCCACCCCCUUCAUUCUAAUAUUUAAUUCUGUUAAAUACAAACACUACGGAGCCCCAGGGCUUCAUUUUUUUUUUUUUCAUUUGUUUGUUCCUAGCAGAAUCAGUAUUUUAACUUUUCCAGUAUUGCGUUCCGCCUUGAAAUUACUGUUCCCGAACCGGUUAGAAUCAAAUUAAAAAACGGUUAAUAGCCACCUGGAAGCUUGUAGUUUUAAGCGGUAGCAUUUUAACGCUUCCUGGUUCAUAAGAAAAAAAUCUCCAUGGGCGAACUCUCACUCUCCUGGACUGUUUAUGCGCGAGUCAAACAAGAGGAAAUGGGUUCAAAUUGGCUUCACACGUCUCUAUUGAAGUCUACGGAAUGGCUGUGUCCAUAUCUUUUACCGCCACAGUUAACGCUUGCUAAUAGCUAUACAGGUCACAUUAGCAUGUCGCUAGCUAGCGAUUUUCAAUGUUAGGGGUGACUUGCACCAACAAAGAUUAAAUUAAUAUGUCUAAUCAAGGAUUUGUAGAUCUAGGUUUGAAUUUAAUUUGAGCUGUGUUGCACCACUUAAUUUUAAGCCUGGUUUAACAAAUCCACAAUUAAAACCUUAACCUGUGAUUAAAGCCUUGGCUGGUGGGUUGUACCAACAAGGACUAAGUUUAAACCUGGACUAAAUCAAGGUUUAUCCAUUAAACCUAGUUUAAAGAUAAUCAGGUCACUUCCAUGUUUAAUUGCGUUUGUUUUUUAUUACAGAUUCCUUGUUGAAUUGGUACCUCCUUGAAUCCAUGAAUUCCUCAUCAUCAUAAAACUUCAUAGGGUUGAGAUUGUCUCUUACUUUCCUUUAGUCGAUUUCUUCAAUCCAUCUAAUAUAUGCAGCCAUUUCAAAAAGUUAAACCACCUCAGGAGCAAGUUUAAAAUGAAUCCCUAACUGAAAUUUAAAUCUGAGUUUAAAGCAGUCGAGUAACAGGAUUAAAAUGAAUCCAGGUUUAUGUGGACAUUUCAACCAAGAUUAAAAGGAUGGUUUAAAUGUAAACCUGCCUACAGUAUAAACUAGGUUUUAUAGGUUUAUAAACUAGGUUUAAAGUAUGGUGCAACUGGAUUGAUGAAUAAACCUUGAUUUAAUCCAUGUUAAAACGUAAUCCUUGUUUGUGCAACCCACCCCUAGUUAAGGGCGCGGGAAGGGGGGUGAUGAGGGUGCUGCAGCACCCCCUGCUGG